AUGGCACGCAGCAAGUCCAAGAAGGUCGAGGAGGAAGAAGAGUACGAGGUCAACGAGAUUCUCGACCACAAGCGCAAGGGAAAGACGAUGACUUACUACGUCUCGUGGGUGGGAUACGACGAGGAAGACAACACCUGGGAGCCAGCCGCCAACUUCCACGCCCCGGACAAGAUCGAGGCGUAUUGGGACAGCUUGCCUGAGAGUAAGCAGGGUGAUCGGCCUAAGGGACUUGGGUCGGGUGGUGGGAAGCGUAAGAGGAAAGAGGAGGAGCAAGAGGACGAGGAGGACAACGACGAGGAGGCUGCUGUGAAGAAGGUCAAGAAGGAGAAGAAGAGCAAGAAGAGUGUGAAUGGGGGCGCUGCCAAGAAGAAGGUCAAGAAGGCGAAGGAGGAGCAGCCCGAGGAGGAGGAGGAGGGAGAGGACGAGCCGAUUGGGUUUGGAGAAGUCGACCCCGACCGCGAGCUUGUCGAGUACGACUCGGUCGAAAUCUUCUCCAAGGAGUCGUGGGAGAAGGAGGACGUCACGAUCGAGACGGUCGAGAGGGACGAAGACGGCAGCGUCAGGUGGAACGUCGUCUGGGAGGACGGGACCGCGAGCUGGAUCCCCGGCGAGAUCCUGCGGACCAAGUGCCCGCAGAAGAUCAUCACGUUCUACGAGGAACACCUCAAGUUCCGCGCGAGGAAGGACGAGGAGGAGGCGCAGGCCGGCGCAGAGGAAGAAGCAGAGAAUUGA